CUGACCAGACAUUCCCCAGGUGAGUCCUCCACAGCCCUGCCUCCCUGUUACCUGUGCUCUGUUUCUGCUGGAAAAGCAGAGUUCUUUCAAUGGUUGGACCACUGACAAAGUUGACACAGCGAGCAACAGCCAUUUAAAAUGUCAUCAGCGGGCGACAGACAGUCUGUGUUCCGGACCACAAAGGUUCGGACAGCACUGAAGGGAGACAACAGCUGGAUACAACGCCAGGCACAGGCUCAAGUGGAGCAAGAAGAGAAAGUAGAGAAACCAUGGAUGGCAGAGGUUAGAGGGACACGAACAAAUGGAGUUUUUAAUGAGCCAAAUCCUGUGUCCCCACCCACCAGCCCUGCUCCGGCCCCAGUCCAAGCCCCAGCCCCAGCCCCAGCCCCAGCCCCAGCCCCAGCCCCAGCCCCAGCCCCAGCCCCAGCCCCAACCCCAGCCCCAGCCCCAACCCCAACCUCAACCUCAGCAUCUCCCACUCCCACUCCAACAAGCCCAAAACCAGCAUCCGGAGGAUACCUAAUCAGAGGAGUUUUCACGAAAACAGACACCAAAAAACCAUCUUCACCAUUAGCAUUCAAUCGCGCUAAUCCCUCCAGCCCUUCCUCUACUUUCACUCCCAAGAAGCCAAGUGACUCAUACAAGAAAAUAGCCCCUCAUUCCGUGCGAACACAUUCAGAAAGCUCUCCCCCCGCUGAGACAACACUGUCCUCAGAGGAGCAGGACAGGAGGACGGAGGCAGCCAGCAGUGUUGUCAAAACCUCAGCUGCUAAACAGCGCUCCUAUGUCCUCUCCGCAGCCAAGAAAUACGAGUCCCCAGAGAAAGCAGAUGUUCCAGUGUCUCCUACCACUAUAUCUUUCAUUGCUAAAAGGGUGGAGAUUAAUGAUGACGAAGAGACUUCUCCCACUUACCUCACCCCUCCAGUCCCCACCCCACAGGACACAGCUCCAGAGCUCACUGAGCAAGCAGGCCCUGGAGUCGACACACUGAUCGCCCUUUAUGACAACCAGACCACAUCUGACACAUCCAGUACUGAAGACGUGAAGCCAGCCCCAGUCCCAGAUACAGAGGCCAGUCCUGUCAGCCAAAAGGUGGAGGCUGAACCAACCCCAGUACCCAGUGACGAUUCAGGAAAAGCUGAUAGUUCACAGGUGGAAGCUGAACCAGCCACAGCCCCAGCCUUAACCCCAGCCACAGCCCCAGCCCCAGUCCUAGCCCUAGCCACAGCCCCAGUCCUAGCCCCAUCCCCAGCCCCAGCCACAGCCCCAGCCACAUCCCCAGCCUCAGCCACAGCCCCAGCCAUAUCCCCAGCCACAGCCCCAGCCACAGCCGCAGUCCCAGCCCCAGCCACAGCCCCAGUCCUAGCCCCAUCCCCAGCAACAGCCACAGCCCCAGUCCCAGCCCCAGCCCCAGUCCUAGCCCCAUCCCCAGCCACAGCCCCAGUCCCAGCCACAGCCACAGCCACAGCCUUAUCCCCAGCCCCAGCCACAGUCCCAGCCCCAGCCCCAGUCCUAGCCCCAUCCCCAGCCCUCGCCACACCCCCAGCCACAGCCCCAGCCCCAGCCACAGUCCUAGCCCCAGUCCCAGCCACAUCCCCAGCCACAGCCCCAGCCAAAUCCCCUGUCCCAGCCCCAGCCACAUCCCCUGUCCCAGCCCCAGCCUUAUCCCCUGUCCCAGCCCCAGCCACAUCCCCUGUCCCAGCCUUAUCCCCUGUCCCAGCCACAGCCACAUCCCCUGUCCCAGCCCCAGCCUUAUCCCCUGUCCUAGCCCCAGUCCCAGCCACAUCCCCAGCCCCAGCCCCAGCCACAUCCCCUGUCCCAGCCCCAGCCACAUCCCCUGUCCCAGCCCCAGCCUUAUCCCCUGUCCCAGCCCCAGCCACAUCCCCUGUCCCAGCCUUAUCCCCUGUCCCAGCCACAGCCACAUCCCCUGUCCCAGCCCCAGCCACAUCCCCUGUCCCAGCCCCAGCCACAUCCCCUGUCCCAGCCACAGCCACAUCCCCUGUCCCAGCCACAGCCACAUCCCCUGUCCCAGCCUUAUCCCCUGUCCCAGCCCCAGCCACAUCCCCUGUCCCAGCCCCAGCCUUAUCCCCUGUCCCAGCCACAUCCCCAGCCACAGCCACAUCCCCUGUCCCAGCCCCAACCACACCCCCAGCCACAGCCACAUCCCCUGUCCCAGCCCCAGCCUUAUCCCCUGUACCAGCCCCAGCCACAUCCCCAGCCCCAGCCACACCUCCAGCCCCAGCCACAGCCACAUCCCCUGUCACAGCCCCAGCCACAUCCCCUGUCACAGCCACAGCCUUAUCCCCAUCCCCAGCCCCCAGUGAUGAUGAAAAUGAUGAGCUCCUCAAGCUUGCUGAAAGUUCAGAGGUCUUGGUGGAUCCUGUCCCCAGCACAACAGACAUCCAGUACAGCCAUGACCUACUCUCUGGUCCAGACAGUAGCCAACCGGAAAAGGUAGUGGGCUCCCUGGACAAGCUGGCUACUGACAUCAUCUCCAUCGACACUGACAGGGACUUCCUCAGCACGGACAGGACUUUGGAAGAUUCCAGCCAAUCACCUACAGAAGAGAAGCCAGCAGACACACAGAGCCCAGAGGUCUUGGUGGAUCCCCUGCCCAGCAGUACAGAUGACCUGAGUCAGAAUCACAUCACCACCACAACAGUGACAACAGUGAGCAUAAUUGAGUCAUCUGAGACUGCCCAAACUACACCUACCAAAAGUGUUACGGAGCUCAUAUCUAAGUUGGAAGACUCUGAAACCCUCAAAGACACACCUGGAUGUACCAAGAGAGCUCCAGAGGCCAUCUCACUGUUAGACACUGAAAGCCCCAAAGCCACAUCUACCACAAGUGUUACGGAACUCGUCUCUCAGUCAGAAGACUCUGAAAUCCUCAAACCCACAUCUACCACAAGGGUUACGGAGCUCAUCUCUAUGUUGGAAGACUCUGAAUCCCAUGAAGCUACUGAAGAAAGCUCUGUGGAUCUGCUGGACCCCAUUCCUGUGGACACAGCCGAGAGCAGUGCUAACAAUGAUUCUGACAGCAAAACCAAAACCCUCUUUGGUACAGAAAGAGAUGUUCCGGUGUUAGAGAGCUCCUCUCCUGUACCCUAUGACAGGCCUGAAGAGCCUGAAGCAGAAGGCGCAGACGAUGCCGAGGAUGAGAGGAAGUCUCCGGAGCCGAGUGCCUGGAGCAGUUGGAGGACACCUACCAUGCCUACCGAAACAGAGGCCACAGAGGAGAGUGAGCCAAAGCCACAGACCCCCCCACCAGCGCCUUUGUACAGGUCCUUGGAGAGCACCAGAGAAGAUCUUGAGUUCCGAGUGCAGGAUUCACCACAGUCCAGGAAAGAUGAAUAUUUACCAUCACGCACUUCCACCUACUCUUACAGCAGCUCCCUUACCAACUCCAGAGAUGAAUAUUUACCAUCACGCACAUCCACCUACUCUUACAGCAGCUCCCCUUCCAACUCCAGAGAUGAAAAUUUACCAUCACGCACUUCCACCUCCUCUUACAGCAGCUACCCUUCCAACUCCAGAGAUGAAGAUUUACCAUCACGCACUUCCACCUCCUCUUACAGCAGCUACCCUUCCAACUCCAGAGAUGAAGAUUUACCAUCACGCACUUCCACCUCCUCUUACAGCAGCUACCCUUCCAACUCCAGAGAUGAAUAUCUAUCCUCACACACUACCACCUACUCUUACAGCAGCGCCCCUUCCAACUCCAGGUCCUUGGAGAGCACCAGAGAUGAACUUGAGUUCGGAGCGCAGGAUUCACCACAGUCCAAGAAGAACUUUGUGUACCUGAAGGAGUAUGAUAGUUCUGGAAGAGAUGAAUUUGUAUCCUCACGCACUUCCAGCUACUCCUACAGCAGCCCCCCUUCCAAUUCCAGGAAUUGCACAUACUGCGGAGAGCUGGUAGGGAAUGAUGCAAAGAUUACCAUCGAGGACCUCAACAUCUACUGCCAUCCGAGUUGCUUCAAGUGUGGCGUGUGCAGUAUACCCAUGGGAGACAUGCUGUACAGCAUGUUCCUGCAUGACUCAGUGGUCCACUGUGAAACCUGUUACUCCAAUCUCCUCUAGCAUAGAUGAAUCCACAUAAGAGAUGAAAAACUGCUGAUGGAUAAGGACGGAGCUUUCCUUCUCUUUUACUGAAACAAAAUACACUAUAUAAAUACUCACCUAGAGUAUAUAUUCCAUGAUACUGUGCUGAAGUGCAAACUUUGUUUAUACUGUCUGCUUUUGAUGUUGGAACUACUUUUAAAACAUUAAUACUACACUAAGAAUAGAGCAAUUUUAGCAGGAAUUCUGUAGGAAAGGGUUCUGAUAUCUAACACCCAUGUGUGCCUUGAGUUUAUUUCAUUAUUUUCAUUGAUUCACAUUGCUUCCUAUGAUAUAUGUAUGAUUUCUUAUAUUGAACAUUCCUCUAUAGUUUGUCUGCUUUUUGGACACUUUACAAUUUACAUUGUUAGCAGCAUGUAAAAAAAAAAAAGCUAAAACAUUUGUAUUAAAUAUGAAACCUAAGCAAAAUCUACAGCAUACUGGAUUUGAGUAUAGAAACAGAAGGUCUGCAGUGAUACUUGUAAACCACCCAUUCUUUUAAAGAAAGGAAAUGCUGAAAGAUGAGUAAGUCAGGGUUGACGUGUGAUCAAGACAAAGAGUGCCAACUGCAAUGAUGUACUGGAAAAAACAGGUUUAAAUAAACGGUUAAACAAA